GGGAUGUUGGGAGGUCCUUCUCUGGACCACAGACACGUGCAACUUAUCAUACUUUCGGAAGUACUUGCUUUCGGACAGUUCGGAAAGAGAUUAGUACGCGAUCAGGCGUGAUCGAUCAGAAGGGUAUCGAGUGCCGCAUCGCUUGGAAUUUUCACUUGUAAAUAAAUAUUCCUUGUACUAUAAAAUGUUUCGCCAAUUAAAAAAUGCGCAAUCUACUUGAUAUAUUGUUUAACUGAUACACCAAAUGAAGCACGACAGCAACAUUGCGGUCGAGCUGGAAACGUGUUUAAAGGCACAAUUAAAUACGAUGGAUAAUCGCGACACUUGAAAAGAAAAACGCGAAAAGCUCGCUUCGCAGUAACUAACUCGGUGUUUAAGGCAUUGCGACGGAAGUGCGCGAAGUUGAGUUAAGAUUAUCAAUCACAACCGUGCGUCAAUCACAACCGAGAUCGAUGAUCUUUUACGAGAUAGAACUCUGCCAGAAUCGCGAGAAAAUGAAUAACGCUGUUUAUGAUCUUCGUCGGACAAGAUCGCUACCGAGUGAGAACGAAGUCUUCGCGAAUGAUAAUGAAUCACCCAUCGUUAAUCAGGAGUCUGUCGAAUACGCAUCCGAUUCCAGCUGCGAGGGCUACAGGGAGUUUCAGAGACAGCAGAUCGAAAGAAGAAAUUUGUCCCCGAUCGCUGCCGCGUCCAGUGCUUUUACUAUCGACAGCAUCCUCGGAAGAAAUGAGAAAAGGAAUCAUACCUUAAGAACGAAUAGUUCCGGUGAUAAAGAAGAGGAUCAGGAUGAAGGAGACGAUAAAAUCGAGGGACACUUUGUCAGGCCGACAGCGAUACCAGCAGCACGCUCUAAUAUAGAAGGAGGCAUUUAUACACACGCGGGACUACCAUAUCCUGAAGGCGCGCUGCCCGAUCCUUCGGCAUAUUCUGCGACAUCACUCGCAUCGGCAUCCUUACUGUACAGUAGUUGGUUUGCUCAGACAAAGCCUGGACAGCUUUUUGGCUUACAAGCACCCAAACCGAGUGGCAGGCGGUCAAGAAAGCCGGGAAUCGAUCGAAAGCCGCGCCAAGCUUACAGCGCGAAACAACUGGAAAGACUCGAGGCAGAGUUCAAGGUACAUAUAUUAUAUAUACAUAUAUAUAUUUUUUUUUUCCUUAAUGUAACUUGUCAGGUAUCUUUAUCUUCGCAGAUCGACAAAUAUCUCAGCGUGAGCAAGCGAAUGGAGUUGUCCAAGUGUCUGAACCUCACGGAAGUGCAGAUCAAGACCUGGUUCCAAAAUCGUCGCACGAAAUGGAAGAAACAGCUAACGUCGAGAUUGAAGAUCGCGCAGCGACAGGGACUGUUCCCACCGACAUAUUUCCCGACCACCCAAUAUCCUCUUCUACCGUACUACGCGGCGCCUUUGAUGUUUGGCAACCCACUGUCGGAUGACGCGAACACUAACUUGCCGACUCGAUCCACGGUAUCACCCUCGGAUACGGUUUGAUGCGCAGCGUGUAUUCGAAUUACUCGUUGGUCGAUAAUCGGCCGAGCAACCGCCAAGUGCAAUAAAAUCUUCCACUGCGAGAUUUUCUUUCUUUGCAUUAUCAUAUGGAUUUGCAUUAUGUGCUCGCAAUCUCUGUGUACAAUAAUACCUAUCGAUGCGCGUGUGAUUAUUUAUAUUUAAUAUCACCAAGUGAUUAUUACUUGUAAGACAUGAUUGGUGAUUGAAUGAUUUGUAUGCUUACAUUUGCGUUUGCGAGUUGCGACAUGAAUUGCGGUAAUCAAAUGUGCGAUCUCUCUAUCUAAAAUAUAUCAGCUCUAUUAUCAAAUUUCUCUCGGUUGUCUUUGCUGUGUAUAGACUGAUGGCGGAUUUAUAUGUAACACCUACGAGGAUAUUAUAUGAAAAAUACACGAGUUCCGAAGUAACUCCAGCAACAGUUCUUCUUAGUGACUGAAUAAAAUCGUAUUCCGAUGGAUGGUAAUGCUGUGUAAGGAAUGCGUGAAAAUAAUAUGGAAACGAUAUAGAGCUGUAAAGAAAAGCCGCGCUUUUACUAUUCUUAAUAAAGAAGGGGAUAAAAC